UCAUGGAAAUGGAGGCAGCAAAAUAUUGGGAAGAAGAAGCGUCUGUAUGGCCUCCAAGGUUUUAUUUCUGCAAUUUCUGUGGAAGAGAAUUCAGGUCAGCUCAAGCUUUGGGUGGUCAUAUGAAUGUCCAUAGGAGGGAUAGAGCAAGCCUAAAGCAGUCUCCUUCAGGUUUCCAAAACCACUUUCUUCUUCAUCAUAUUCAAUAUCCUCGUAAAAUUGCAUUAGUUUACAGUCCUAAUUCUAGGGUUUUCAUGUCGCCAGCAGGAGUUUCAACUCCAAUGACGAUGGCCAUUGGAGAUACUUCAGUGAUUCCAGGUGGGAAGAAGAAGGAGAAUGUUAGUCGUAAGAGACAGAGAAGUGAUGAAGCAUUCAUUAAUGAAUCAAGUUCCAUGAAGAAAGACAAUCUUCAAGCUGACGUCAAUAAGAGAGUGUGUCAAGAUGCAACCCAAGACUUAGAUCUUGAGCUUAGACUUGGUUUCUCCCAUGUUUAG